AUGACUCCCCGGUUGCCUCAACUCACGCCGUUACUCCCACUGCUCCUGCUGCUGCUGUUCGCGAUGGACUGCGCCGCUGCGGACCGCCGUGCGUUUGACGAGGCGACGCGGAGCAGCGACUCGCCGCCGGCUGCGGUGGUGCGUGAGGUGCCGCGGAGGGGGCAGGGCGCGGCCCAGGUGUACACCGUCGUCGCAGCGGUAGCGGCAGGAGAAAAGAGCAACGAGGGCUGGGCGCCCAUCCGCAUCGUGGUGUCCACGGAGGACCUGAGGGACCCAACUAAGUACUGCACGGCGCAGGAUGAGAGCAAGCCGGACCUUAAGGGCGGGGCUGGGGAUUGUGCGGAGCAGUACGUUCUGGACGCGGCAAGGAAGAGCACCCUUGUGGACGCGGUCAUCCCUGUGGCUGUCCAGCUGCACGCGGAGCGCCUGCUCGUUCAGCGCGUGGAUGGUUUGUUGCAGGUGCCCCAGUUCACUGACACGUUUGGGCGGUGCCAGCACUUCAAACUCCCCGAUGAGCACAAAACAACGGGAGUUGCCAAUGCGGACAUGGUGCUCUACGUGGCUGCCGGGGCGAGUGCCGAGACGUGGGCGGUCCCGUGUGCCGUUGGGUCAAACGGUCGUCCAGUUGCCGGUGCGCUGCACGUCUCACCUUGUCAACGGUUGUCUGUCAUGCACUCUGCCCGCGUCGCUGCGCAGGCCAUCGGUCAUGCGCUCGGCUUCGGCGUGCAGCAGAUGAGGGCGCAGAACAUGUUGUUGGAGGACGUCACUGAUGUGCGCGGCAACCCCAGCCCUGUGACGGUGGUGAAGUCACCCGCUACGCUGGAAAAGACGAAGGCGCACUACGGCUGCGCCGAACUGCAGGGCAUGGAGCUGCUCAGGAAGAAGCACGCCAAGGUGGAGAGAGUCUACUGGUCGCCGCGCAACGCGAAGGACGAGUUGAUGAGCCUUCUUGGUGGGCUCACCGCCGGCCUCUACACCGCGCUGACGAUGGCGGCGUUUGAGGGCCUCGGCUUCUACAGGGCCGUGUGGGGGUGGCGGAGCCGAUGGCGUGGGGCAACGGCUCCGGCUGCGACCUCCUCAAGAGCCCGUGCUCGGAGAGCAGUCCCGCCAAAUACCCCGGCAUGUUCUGCGACAAGGAAACCGACAAAACUUUUCGCUGCACGUCCAGCCGUCAAGCCAUCGGGCCAUGUGGUCCGAAUAUUGCUAAAGGCAGCGGUGCCAGGAGCGAAACGUGCUCAGUUGUUGGGCCGGAUUCGGGCCCUUCAGAGCCUUUUUUUUUUUUGCAGCGUGAAGGGAGAGGAGCGCAUCCCCGGCUCCCUCCACGGAAGUGGCUCGUGGUGCCUCGAUGCGGAAGCACUCAAGUUGAAGGGUACUGAGAAGACCAAGUUGGACGGCUACAAGUUGCACGCGGUGUGUGCGGAGGUGCAGUGCGGUGAGGGCGGCACGGUGAAGGUGAAGUACCUCGGCGCCGCUGAGUAUGCGCUGUGCCCCGAGGGAGAAGCAAUCGAUGCGGCGCUGGAGGGUUUCGCGGCAGGCGCGAGGAUCAAGUGCCCGAAGUACGAGGAGGUGUGCACCAUCGCCGCCAACGGCAGCAGCCUCGUUGUUCCGCGCGUGUUGAGUGGAGCAGAGCAGGCGAAGGGUGCGGCAGUUGGGCCGCCCGGUGCGGAGGCCACUGGCGGGGCCGCGGGUGGGGUUUCUUCCGGUGCAAAGGCAGCGGCGGGGUCAGCGGCGCCCCCCGUGGCCCCCAGAGACAGGGGAGCCGAAGAAUAUGGCUCUGUCUUUUUGCUUCCCCUCUUUCCUUCCUUCGUUUUCUUUUUAUGUGCCCCUUCUUUGCUGCUGGUGUUUUGCCUGUUCCGCCAGUUGCUCCAUCGAGUUUUUUUUUUAAUCUUGGGCGGCGCGUGUUGA